CCUAAUUUCGUCAUCAUGUUCGGCAAGGGAAAUAUGAGAAAGGUGAUGAGGUUGAUGUGAAUUUCUUGCAGGUGCAAGAUGACCCAGAGGAAUCGUCGUCGCGAGUCGUGACGCGGUAUCGCGUGGAAAAUAUCAGCCAUCGAGAAACGAACAACUCGGACGAAUCUCGGUUGGAAGCGCGCGCGAAGUCUCGUGUGACCGCGUUUUCGCAGUAAUUGUGGGACAGAUCUCGUCGACCACCUUCCAAGAGUGGACUCCCGAGAUGGACGAGAAGGUCGAAGAUACGUAUGUGCUCGAGCCGUACGUGGUGAUCUAUCACGAAGCGGACGGGCCGGAACGUCCGAAGGCACGUAGUGGUCAUCGUAUCGCUUGCGACCAUCGGAACCUCUAUUCGUACGGCGGUUUCAACCCGUGUGUGUCCGACACCGACCCGGAUAUGCGCGACGACCCUACGUGGAUCAUCAGCAAGCCGUUGUUCAAGGAACUGUGGCGGUACAACUUGGCGAGCGAACGUUGGCGACGAUUGCCCGCGCAGGAGACCAUACCGAACGAACUGGCCUCGAACGCUAUGAUCCUACGUGGCAACAGGCUCAUGGUAUACGGUGGUACAGGUGUACCGUUUGGUGAGAGUUGUAGCAAUCAAUUGUACAUCUGCAAUGUGGACGAUGGUGCUAUGAAACUGGUGCCAGCCUCUGGCGAACUGCCUGAGCCUCAGUAUGGACAGGCACUGAUAUAUUAUGGUUCCUACUUGUAUACUGUUGGCGGCACCACUGGCUAUGAAUAUACUUGUGACAUCCAUCGGUUUAACCUCAGAACCGGUGUCUGGGAGACAGUAUAUAUUUGUUUGGGCAGAGAUUCAUUAGAGCCACCAGGGAGGUAUCGUCACGAGUUGGCAUUCGACGGUGAGAUGAUCUACAUUUUGGGUGGUGGUACUUCCAUGGAUGCCUUUGGUUUCUCGGAAAUCCCAGCGUUCAAUCUGCGAUCCAAUAAGUGGAAGAUAUUGAGCACGCACGGCGACAACGACGACAACACAGUACCGGCACCGAGACGCUGUCAUGGUUCUGUUCAAUAUAUGGACGAGAGGACCGGUGCCACCAUGGUUGUUAUAUCGGGUGGCUACGACGGUGAUCGCGUCUUCUCGGAUGUUUGGCGGCUGGAUCUUAGUACGUUACAAUGGACGUGUUUGAGAAAGUGUAUCCUGCCGUUUCCGGUAUACUUUCACUCAGCGGCGCUCACCCCAGAAGGUCGCAUGUAUAUAUUCGGCGGUAUCAUCAAGAAGAACAACACGAUACAGAGGACGAACAUGGUUCUAUCCGUCUGGCUAACGAUUCCGAAGCUAUCAGAGAUCUGUUGGCAAGCGUUGAAUCACUAUUGGUUGGACCUGCGAAACAGAUCGCCGGACGAAUUGCUGCAUAUGGGAAUACCAAUGAAAUUCGUGCAAAGACUCGAUUCCUACGACUCGUGAAUAACAUUACGCGGCCAACAGUUUUCUUAGUCCUUCCCCGAAUCUUCAGCUAUAGCUUUUCGAAAGUUCGCAAUAAGCUCGAAAGCAGGGAUUCUUAAUCCCUAAUUAAAAAUUUAGGAUCCCGGAUCGGGAUUUCUGCAACCUGCAUGAAUGUAUUUGAGGGAAUCCAUGACAUUUAAAUGAGAACAAAAUUACGAUUUUACUUUCUCUUUACUAGCAAUUCAGCAAAUAUUUCUCGUCCUUUAAUUUUAUUUUUGUUAUAGCUCGUCAUAAUUAUUGAGAUGUAUUUAUUUUAAGAAAAUUACUUUGUGUGCUUCACUUAGUUUUAUACAUAUAUCUUUUAUUUGAUGUAUGUAAAAACAUUUUGACAAGAUUUUAUGAACUGCCAAAGAAGUCAAUGGCGCAAAACAAAAUUAAGAAUCCCUGCACUAAAGCAUCCAAUCAUAUUCAGUCGUUAUGAUAUUUAUUGGUUUACAUUUCUAGUACUUUUUUUUUUUUUUACUAUACCGAUUAUAAAAAAAUCAGCAGAGAAAAAAGUAAUUUCAUCAUUAUUCCAUUUCAUCAGUCCAAUUUAUUAUGCAUGCAAAUUGCAAUAAUGGGCCAUGUGCAAAAUAAUAGGCUUUUCCGUCUCGAAUUUUGCAUUAACCCUUUCGCUACGUAAAACAUAUGUACAUAAUCGAAAAGUAACUUCUCAGUUAUGUACGUCAGUCGAAUGUACAUGUCAUGGGAAACCUGUCGUCACUUACGGAUGUCGUAUAUGUACGGGGUGUUGCAUUAAUCAUUCCUAGUUAUAAUGAUUAAUAUAUGUCUCGCGGAGUUUUUUAACGAAUUGUUGCAACGCAUACAGACAGGAUACACUUUUAACGUGAAUGUUACUAGGAACAUUAGAACUUCGUUGGAAAGAUAUAUGAAUGACUAUAUCGACAAAUCGACAAUGACAAGGGAUUAUCAUCUGUGUGCGCCUUUGGCCAGGCAACCCGUCAUAAUGAAUCGUAUGUUGAUGCAACACCGUGUACAACGGCGUAUAUAUACAAUAGCAGCAAAAUCAACAUGUAUAUGUAGGAAUCCAGUGCCGAAACAAAGGCACGUUAUCCGAAACUAUUGUGCUUUUCACGUCUUUUGGAGAAACUUGCGUUUUUUUUUAAUUUUUCGAAAAAAUUACUCUUGCAUGCGUCUUUUAUAUGUCGCAUACAUUUUGGUUGGAGCGUGCUGUAGCGAAAGGGUUAAUUUAACGCAAGGCGUUAAAUUAAUGUGGAAAUUUUCUUAAUAUUACGAAUAUGUCGCGCUGGUUCGCGUGACAUUAUCUUUGUGCAAAAAAUGUACAGAUAAUAAUUAUGAUUAUUGUGAUAAUAAUGAGUAAAGAGUUAUAUUUAUAAAGGUA